AAGAGAAGCAAAAAAUUUCCCUCUGUUUAUCACAAUUAAGGAGAAAUUCGACGAGCCCAGAAGAAAUUUCUAGUUCCAAAGUUCUGAAGAAGAAUCCCGGAGUUAAUUAAUGGCCACUCAAGGACUGUCAGUGUUCUCAAUUACGCCCAUUUCUUCAGCUGCAUCUCAGUCCCGCACAAAAUCCUUCGAGCAAUCGUUGAAUUUCAAUCCACAGAGUACUUUUUUGGGCGCCAAGCUCUCGACCCAGCUCUCAAAUUCCAGUCUUGUUGCCUCGAAACGACGUAGUUACGCUGUCGCCACCAUCUCCUUCAGCCUGCCCAGCAUACAGACAGAUGGGCUUAAAAAUGAUGAGAGGGCCAAAUGGUCAGCUAGGGCGAUUAAAUCGUUCGCUAUGGGCGAAUUGGAGGCACGGAAGCUCAAGUAUCCGAACACCGGGACAGAGGCUCUACUCAUGGGCAUUUUGGUUGAAGGAACCAGUUUGGCAGCAAAGUUUUUGAGGGACAAUGGCAUUACACUCUUUAAGGUGCGGGAUGAGAUUGUAAAAUUGAUAGGGAAAUCAGACAUGUAUUAUUUCAGUCCUGAGCAUCCUCCGUUGACUGAACCGGCCCAGAAGGCUCUUGAUUGGGCAAUUGAGGAGAAGCUGAAGUCAGGCGAAAGCGGUGAAAUAACAGCAGCACAUAUACUUCUCGGAAUUUGGGCACAAAAAGAGGCUGCAGGUCAUAAGAUACUGGCUGGAUUUGGUUUUGAUGAUGCGAAGGCUGCAGAACUAGCUAAAAAUAUGGAUAAGGAUACAAUUUACAAGUGACCUCUUCAAUUUGUCUGAGAAUCUUGAAUCAUUCAUUCAGGUACAUUUGAAAGGGGGAAAUGGUUCUUGGCUGAAUGAUAUCGGUUUAUAGAUUAAUUUCAACAGGAAUGACGCUCUCUGUAGCUUUUGUUUCGAUUUUUCCGUCAUACACUGUAAACCCUGAUAUUCUUAAUGUCACCAUUGAUUAUACCCGUCUGCUUUAUGAAAUCGUUUCUGUAGCUUUA